AUGAAAUAUAAACCACAAAUUGUAAAUGAAUCAUUUUCUAUCCAAAUUCCUUGUAUUUCAAGCUUUCGUGAGCAGGUGCGGUACAGUGACAUGGGCAUAGCACCAGUGGGCAUAGCACCAGUGGGCAUAGCACCAGUGGGCAUAGCACCAGUGGACAUAGCACCAGUGGGCAUAGCACCAGAGGACAUAGCACCAGUGGACAUAGCACCAGAGGACAUAGCACCAGUGGACAUAGCACCAGAGGACAUAGCACCAGUGGACAUAGCACCAGUGGACAUAGCACCAGUGGACAUAGCACCAGUGGACAUAGCACCAGUGGGCAUAGCACCAGAGGACACAGCACCAGAGGACAUAGCACCAGAGGACAUAGCACCAGUGGACAUAGCACCAGAGGACAUAGCACCAGAGGACAUAGCACCAGAGGACAUAGCACCAGUUGACAUAGCACCAGAGGACAUAGCACCAGUGGACAUAGCACCAGUGGACAUAGCACCAGAGGACAUAGCACUAGUGGGCAUAGCACCAGAGGUCAUAGCACCAGAGGUCAUAGCACCAGUGGACAUAGCACCAGUGGACAUAGCACUAGUGGGCAUAGCACCAGUGGACAUAGCACCAGUGGACAUAGCACCAGAGGACAUAGCACCAGAGGACAUAGCACCAGAGGUCAUAGCACCAGUGGACAUAGCACCAGUGGACAUAGCACCAGAGGACAUAGCACCAGAGGACAUAGCACCAGUGGACAUAGCACCAGAGGACAUAGCACCAGAGGACAUAGCACCAGAGGACAUAGCACCAGUGGACAUAGCACCAGAGGACAUAGCACCAGAGGACAUAGCACCAGAGGACAUAGCACCAGAGGACAUAGCACCAGAGGACAUAGCACCAGAGGACAUAGCACCAGAGGACAUAGCACCAGAGGACAUAGCACCAGAGGACAUAGCACCAGUGGACAUAGCACCAGAGGACAUAGCACCAGUGGACAUAGCACCAGUGGACAUAGCACCAGUGGGCAUAGCACCAGAGGACAUAGCACCAGUGGACAUAGCACCAGAGGACAUAGCACCAGUGGGCAUAGCACCAGUGGGCAUAGCACCAGUGGACAUAGCACCAGUGGGCAUAGCACCAGUGGACAUAGCACCAGAGGACAUAGCACCAGUGGACAUAGCACCAGUGGACAUAGCACCAGAGGACAUAGCACUAGUGGACAUAGCACCAGUGGUCAUAGCACCAGUGGUCAUAGCACCAGUGGACAUAGCACCAGUGGACAUAGCACCAGUGGACAUAGCACCAGAGGUCAUAGCACCAGUGGACAUAGCACCAGUGGACAUAGCACCAGAGGACAUAGCACCAGAGGACAUAGCACCAGAGGACAGAGCACCAGAGGACAUAGCACCAGAGGACAUAGCACUAGUGGGCAUAGCACCAGUGGACAUAGCACCAGAGGUCAUAGCACUAGUGGGCAUAGCACCAGUGGACAUAGCACCAGAGGUCAUAGCACGAGAGGACAUAGCACUAGUGGGCAUAGCACCAGUGGACAUAGCACCAGUGGACAUAGCACCAGUGGACAUAGCACCAGUGGACAUAGCACCAGUGGACAUAGCACCAGAGGACAUAGCACCAGUGGACAUAGCACCAGUGGGCAUAGCACCAGUGGACAUAGCACCAGUGGGCAUAGCACCAGUGGGCAUAGCACCAGUGGACAUAGCACCAGUGGACAUAGCACCAGUGGGCAUAGCACCAGUGGACAUAGCACCAGAGGACAUAGCACCAGUGGACAUAGCACCAGUGGACAUAGCACCAGAGGACAUAGCACCAGAGGACAUAGCACCAGAGGUCAUAGCACCAGUGGACAUAGCACCAGUGGACAUAGCACCAGUGGACAUAGCACCAGAGGACAUAGCACCAGAGGACAUAGCACCAGAGGUCAUAGCACCAGUGGACAUAGCACCAGUGGACAUAGCACCAGAGGACAUAGCACCAGAGGACAUAGCACCAGAGGACAUAGCACCAGAGGACAUAGCACCAGAGGACAUAGCACCAGAGGUUAUAGCACCAGAGGACAUAGCACCAGAGGUCAUAGCACCAGUGGUCAUAGCACCAGUGGACAUAGCACUAGUGGGCAUAGCACCAGUGGACAUAGCACCAGAGGUCAUAGCACCAGUGGACAUAGCACCAGUGGACAUAGCACCAGAGGUCAUAGCACGAGAGGACAUAGCACCAGUGGACAUAGCACCAGAGGACAUAGCACCAGAGGACAUAGCACCAGAGGUCAUAGCACCAGAGGAUAUAGCACCAGAGGACAUAGCACCAGAGGACAUAGCACCAGAGGACAUAGCACCAGAGGACAUAGCACCAGAGGACAUAGCACCAGAGGACAUAGCACCAGAGGACAUAGCACCAGAGGUUAUAGCACCAGUGGACAUAGCACCAGAGGACAUAGCACCAGAGGACAUAGCACCAGAGGUCAUAGCACCAGAGGACAUAGCACCAGAGGACAUAGCACCAGAGGACAUAGCACCAGAGGUCAUAGCACCAGAGGACAUAGCACCAGAGGACAUAGCACCAGAGGACAUAGCACCAGAGGUCAUAGCACCAGUGGACAUAGCACCAGAGGACAUAGCACCAGAGGACAUAGCACCAGAGGACAUAGCACCAGAGGUUAUAGCACCAGAGGACAUAGCACCAGAGGUCAUAGCACCAGUGGACAUAGCACCAGUGGACAUAGCACCAGAGGUCAUAGCACCAGUGGACAUAGCACCAGUGGACAUAGCACCAGAGGACAUAGCACCAGUGGACAUAGCACCAGUGGACAUAGCACCAGUGGACAUAGCACCAGUGGACAUAGCACCAGAGGACAUAGCACCAGUGGACAUAGCACCAGUGGGCAUAGCACCAGUGGACAUAGCACCAGUGGACAUAGCACCAGUGGACAUAGCACCAGAGGACAUAGCAUCAGAGGACAUAGCACCAGAGGACAUAGCACCAGAGGACAUAGCACCAGAGGUCAUAGCACCAGAGGACAUAGCACCAGUGGACAUAGCACCAGAGGACAUAGCACCAGAGGACAUAGCACCAGAGGACAUAGCACCAGAGGACAUAGCACCAGAGGACAUAGCACCAGAGGUCAUAGCACCAGAGGACAUAGCACCAGAGGACAUAGCACCAGAGGACAUAGCACCAGAGGACAUAGCACCAGAGGACAUAGCACCAGUGGACAUAGCACCAGAGGACAUAGCACCAGAGGACAUAGCACCAGUGGACAUAGCACCAGAGGACAUAGCACCAGUGGACAUAGCACCAGAGGUCAUAGCACGAGAGUGGGAUAAGAUUUACAAAACACCAUUAGAGCCUCGACCUAGACCAUUAAAACCUCGACCUAGACCAUUAAAACCUCGACCUAGACCAUUAGAGCCUCGACCUAGACCAUUAAAACCUCGACCUAGACCAUUAGAACCUCGACCUAGACCAUUAGAACCUCGACUUAGACCAUUAGAACCUCGACCUAGACCAUUAGAACCUCGACCUAGACCAUUAGAGCCUCGACUUAGACCAUUAGAACCUCUACCUAGACCAUUAGAGCCUCGACCUAGGCCAUUAGAACCUCGACCUAGACCAUUAGAACCUCGACCUAGACCAUUAGAGCCUCGACCUAGACCAUUAGAACCUCUACCUAGACCAUUAGAACCUCGACUUAGACCAUUAGAACCUCUACCUAGACCAUUAGACCCUCGACCUAGACCAUUAGACCCUCGACCUAGACCAUUAGAAGCAUUAGACCAUUAUCUAAGACUCCAGAAGCUCGUCUCCCUCAAGAUCGCUGGAAGAAGACAGGAGUCGUUAUAA